UGAUCUGGUCUGUUCUGGAUCCGGACUAACUUUUGGGACUCGGUUUGGAGCCUCGGUCUCUCUGGAGCUGUUAGCAUCUCUCUGCUGGAGCUCAUUGAUCUGCUGACCCAGUUCCUGCUCGAUUAUCGAUCAGUUCCCGCUCGGAGACGGACCCAGCCGCUGCUCUCCGGACCGGACAUUAGCUUUAGCUCCGAGGCUCGUUAGCCGGCUCGGUUCUGUUAGCACUGCAGCUAGGCUAACUGACGAGCUCACUGUUAGCCUGAGUUAGCAGCUAACUGUUAGCCCGAGCUGCUCCGUCCUCGUCAUGCCGGCGAUGCUGGAGAGGAACCAGGAGGCUCCGGGGAAGCGGAGGGGCCGAGCCCCGGCGGGCAGCGGGCCCGGGGCGGCGGCGAACCCCGGCGGGAAGAGUCUGUCCGGUAAUGGAACCAGCUGCUGGGAAGAAGGAAGUUCAGGCUCCAGCAGCGACG